AUGACAAAAGGAUCAACCCAGGUCGAAUAUCCGUAUAAUCUGGGGGCAUACGGGAAGGUCAUCACCACCACCAGUCCUGAGGCCCAAAUAUGGUUUGACCGCGGUCUCGUGUGGGCAUAUUCCUUCAACCAUAAGGAAUCCAUCGUCUGUUUCAAACAGGCAUUGGUGCAUGAUCCAUUAUGUGUGAUGGCCUACUGGGGGUUGGCCUACUCUCUCGGUCCCAACUACAACCAGCCCUGGGACUUCCUCGGCAACGAUUUGGCGGCCGUCGUGGAAAACACAUAUCGAGCCGCAACCAAAGCUCGCUUCCUGUCUGUAAAAAAUGGGAACGCCGUGGAACAGGCCCUCGCCAAGGCCAUCUCCGCCCGCUAUCAGAGUGAUAAGCCUGCGAGCAUGGAUCAAUAUGCCAUUCAGAAUAUUGCAUAUGCCGAUGCAAUGAAAGAGGCAUAUGAAAAGUUUAGCGAUGAUUUGGACGUGGUCGCUUUGUACGCUGAUUCCUUGAUCAGCCUCACGCCCUGGAAGUUGUGGGACAUGGUGACCGGAAAACCAAAUCCGGGCACCCGUACCAUGGAAGCAAAAAAGGUGCUAGAGACCGCUCUCAAACAUAAGGACGCCUCCAAACACCCCGGUCUCCUGCACAUCUACAUACACCUUAUUGAGAUGUCGCCCUUUCCAGAACUAGGCCUGCGACCGGCCGACUACCUCCGCGAUCUGGUUCCGGACGCGGGCCAUAUCAAUCAUAUGCCGUCCCAUCUGGACGUGCUGGUGGGAGACUAUCGAAGCGCCGUCCGCGCAAACCAACGUGCCGCGAUUGCAGACGAGAAAUACCUGGCGCUGAAAGGCCCAUUUAAUUUCUACUCCGUCUACCGCAUGCACACCUACCACUCCCUCAUCUACGCGGCCAUGUUUGCGGGCCAGAAACAGGCCGCAUUUGCCGCUGUGGACCGCAUGGAGGCGACAUUACCGAAAGAAUUGCUCUCGGCCAUGGCCGACUACAUCGAAAUCUUCAUGUCUGUGCGCGCGCACAUCAUGAUACGGUUCGGCAUGUGGGAUGAGAUUAUCAAGAUUGCCAUCCCCUCAGAUCCAGAGCUGUACUGCAUGACGAUAGCGGUUCUGCACUACGCCAAGGGCGUGGCAUAUGCAGCAACAGGGAACGUGCCGGAUGCAGAGCGUCAGCGAGAGCUGUACCGGGCAGCGCGAGAUCGAGUGCCGGAUACGCGCUUGGACUGGCCCAACAAGUGUAUCGAUAUCCUAGGGGUGGCGUCAGAAAUGCUGGACGGCGAGAUCGAGUACCGCCGUGGGAACUACACGGAGGCCUUCGAGCAUCUACGUCGCUCGAUUGAAUUGGACGAUGGGCUGGGCUACAGUGAGCCCUGGAGCUGGAUGCAGCCCACCCGCCAUGCAUACGCUGCUCUUUUGCUAGAGCAGGGCCAUGUCGAGGAUGCAGCGGCUGUCUACCAGGCUGACCUGGGUCUUGAUGGCACUCUUAUUCGUGCUCGUCAGCAUCCGAAUAACGUAUGGGCUUUGCAGGGCUACCAUGAAUGUUUGAUACGUCUGGGUCGGAAUGAUGAGGCACGCAUUAUUGGGCCGCAGUUGGAGAUAGCCGUUGCUGUGGCUGAUGUACCUGUAACCUCUUCCUGUUUCUGUCGUCUAGAUACCUCACAAGCGCCCACUAUUGGGAAGAGUUGUUGCAAAUAA